AAAGGAGAAAGGUGUAGAAGUACAAGCAACGCGAGUGGACUAAUGACAGCAGCAACAUGGCGCAGCCAAUGAGAGUCUUCCUUUUUAAUGCGUCCAUUCAUGUCGCGUGCAUCUUUUGCGGUUCUUUUACUUCUCGCCUCUAACGCUCGAAUGUAUAAAUUAUCCAUUCCGUUUCUCUGGAAUUCUUUCGAAAAAUUGCAGUAAAAAGCAGGACAAGUUUAUACAAAUAUCUCGCGUUGUUCCUCGUUAUCUUCUUCGUAUAACUGAUGAGUGUACAGAUGAUAAAGUUAGGUUAUGUUUACUCUCAUACUCGUGAGCUGAUAUAAUUUUAUAAAUGCAAAGAAUUUGAAAAGAUUCAUAAAAUAGUCGCGAAAUGUUAUUUACGAUCGAGAGAUUUAUGAUUCGCGCGAGUUCUCGAUAUUUACGACGAUGUUUUUCGAAAAAUGCCGGUACUUUGGCACAUGAUUCCCAAGAACUUAUAUCACAAUCCGACAAUAAUUUUGCAUCGCUGCCUUUAAACCAGAAGUCUCUGAAGAUCGCCAUCCUAGGUGCACCGAAUGCUGGAAAAAGCACGCUCGUCAAUAAACUUAUUAAGAGAUCGAUAUGUCCUACAUCUUCUAAAGUACAUACUACGCAGACCAAAACAGAUGCAAUUUAUUGCGAAGAUGAUACUCAGUUGAUAUUUAUAGAUACACCUGGUGUGGUUUCCAUGUACACAAGUAAACGAUACAACUUAGCUGGUUCGUUUAGAAACGAUCCACAAGUUUCCUUGGCAGCGGCAGAUAUUGUGGGGAUUGUGCAAGAGGCAAAUAAUAUCUAUACUAGACACAAAAUCGAUAAAAAUAUAUUAGAACUAUUGACUGAGAAAAUAAUAAAUAAGAUUCCUAUGAUUUUAAUCUUUAAUAAAGUGGAUAAAUUGAGAAGGAAAGACGUGUUACUGGAACUUGUGGACAUUUUUGUCAAAAGCAAGGAAUCUUUGAAGUUCUCUGAUAUAUUUAUGGUAUCUGCUUUGACCGGAGAUGGUAUCGAUGACUUGAGGACAUAUUUGCUGGAUUCGGCUAAGCCUCAAGAUUGGCAAUAUGAAAGACAUAUAUAUAGCAAUCACAAGUGCGAGUAUAUAAUACAACAGACAGUACGGGCAAAGUUGAUGGAUAUUUUACCACAUGAGAUUCCAUAUAUUUUGGAUAUAAAAGUAGAUCAUUUUGAGACAGGAUCCGAUGAUAGUAUUAAGGCGGUAGUGUCUAUCACAUGUCCUAGAAAAAAUAUUGCUAGACUCUUAAUUCGCAGUUUUAAGGAUAAAUUAAUAAAUAGUAGGAUAAAACAAGUUGCUAUUAUAGUAGAGCAAGAAUUACAAAAUGCCUUUCGAACACCAGUAAAAUUAAAACUAGUUGUGAAUUUUCCGAAAUGAUUUGGUUUACAUUUGUUAUUUGUAAAAUAAAAUUGAUAA